CAUUUCGAAGUAAGGUUAUAUUUACUUGUUAAAGAAGUUCCUCAUAACGUGGUUGUAAUAUAGGCUUAAAAAUUGACGUAUAAUCAUGACAGAUGAGAAUAUCGAAGAACUGGAUCCAUCAGAUUUAGGUACUCUCGAUUAUUGGGAAAGAGUUUACUCUGAAGAACUUGAUAAUUUUAAGGAUCAUGGGGAUGUAGGGGAGAUAUGGUUUGGUAGAAAUAAUUCACUGAAAGUUAUAAGCUGGAUUAUUAACCAUCUGAAGCUUAAUAAAAAAGAGGAUAAAAUAAUUGAUAUAGGGUGUGGAAAUGGAAUGACAUUAGUGGAACUAUCAAAAGAGUUUGAUAAACUAAUGGGUGUAGAUUAUUCGCAGAAAGCAAUUGAUUUAGCAUAUGAAAUACUCAAGGAAAAAAAUCUAUCACAUAUAGACUUGAAAGUUUAUGAUAUACUUGAUUCUGAAGUAUGUGAUUUACCAACUGAUUUUAAAGUAGUACAUGAUAAAGGAACAUAUGAUGCUAUCAGUUUGCAUCCUCAAGAUCCUGCAAUCAAAAGGCAGAAGUACAUAGAAAAUGUGUAUAAAAUUCUGUUGCCCGAUGGUUAUUUAGUUCUAACAUCUUGCAAUUGGACCAAAGAGGAAUUAAAGAAGCAUUUUCAAAAUCAUUUUGAUGUAUUACACACGCUGCCCUCUGAUACAUUCCAGUUUGGAGGACAAACUGGAAACACUGUAACACAAUUGAUCUUCCAAAAGAAAUAACAAAUAAAAGAAUUAAUUGC